ACGAAACCAAACUGGGAGGGGUUGCUGGUAGGGCUUGGGUUUCCAUUGGCUGUAAGCAUUUGCCGUGGUGCGGGGGUAUCUCUAAUCAUAUUCAGCAUGUUUUGCACAAGAAAUGUCAGCCAGAAAGGGCUAUCGGCUCCCUUCGCCAAAUUAUUCCACAACAAUGUCAUGCUCAGAGAGCCCGGCUGCAAACUCUUUUUUGGUAGACUCCUUGAUCAGCUCAGGCAGAGGGGAAGGAGGAGGAGGAGGCGGAGGAGGAGGAGGCGGCGGCUACUAUCCCAACAGUAGUGUCUUUUUGCCACAGGCAUCCGAUUUGUCGUAUGGGUUGCAAAGCUGCGGACUUUUCCCAGUUUUGAGCAAACGCAAUGAAGGUGCUGCUCAAAGCAUGGUCCCCACUUCUCAUCCCUACAUGUCAGGGAUGGAGGUCUGGCUAGAGCCCCCAAGAUCCUGUCGCCUGGAAGAGCCUGAAACCCAGCAGGCUACCUCCUGCUCUUUUGCUCAAAACAUUAAAGAGGAGAACUCUUACUGCCUCUAUGAUUCAGACAAAUGUCCUAAAGGUGCAGCUGCCACAGAUCUAUCUACUUUUCCAAGGCUAAACGCUGAGGUCUGUCCCAUGAACAACGCUAGUGGGGUUCCUGUCCCAGGCUACUUCCGCUUGUCUCAAGCUUAUGGCACUUCCAAGAGCUACAAUGCUGGGCAAGUUGUUGCUUCCCAGUUCACACCGCAGCCCCAAGUUCGUUUUGAUGCGGCUCCAUCUUUGCCUUCAGUCCCAACAGAAGCGGGGAGGACAGAGACCGAGGAGGCUUCCCCCAACACCUUGGCUUGCGUCUCCCAGAGGGAGGAAGACGCCCAGGCUUCGUCUUCGACCGCAGAAGAACUCUCCCCAGCUCCGUCAGAAAGCAGCAAACACUCUCCUGAGAAAGAACCCAUAGGCAAUUCAAAAGGAGAAAAUGCAGCAAACUGGCUAACCGCAAAAAGUGGCAGAAAGAAACGAUGCCCCUAUACCAAGCACCAAACUCUCGAGCUGGAAAAGGAGUUUCUAUUCAAUAUGUACCUGACUCGUGAGCGUCGCCUAGAGAUCAGCCGCACAGUCCACCUAACAGACAGACAAGUUAAAAUCUGGUUUCAGAACCGCAGAAUGAAACUGAAGAAAAUGAACAGAGAGAAUAGAAUUCGGGAGCUCACAGCCAACUUUAAUUUUUCUUGAUAAACCUAUAAGCACAUUUUUUAUGGUUUAAAGAGCCAGUAUCAUUUUCCUAGGCUUUAGUAAUCUGCACCUGUAUGGAUUAAGGAUUUUAGACAUUCUCAGUAUGUCCAUAACUUCUUUAUAGCUAUUUCUGGGGGGGGGAAAGCCAUAAUGAUGCAUAAAAUUCCGUGUGUGCCGCCCUUGUUCCAUUACAAUUCCCUUGAUGUUAUUUGCUUCUUUAACUUUGAAACAGAGACAUAUGAUUUCAAGAGCUGCAAAUAUAUUUUUUUCCUCUUGAAAAAGUAAGCAAACCCGGUUAAAGGCGCGUUACACUUUUAAACGAUAAAAGGUAUAUGUGGACCGUGUGUAGCUUAAUAAUGAAUAAUUGAAGCCUUGCCAUAGUUCUAUGUAAUGGGAGCUCAACUUUUCCCCCUCCAAAUGGCAGGAGUUCCAAUAAUUAAAUGCAGGCAUGCUUUAAAAGAAGGGCUUCAGGGGAACUGGUGUUAGCCUCUGUUUUCUUUUCCUUUUCCUUUAACAUAACAACCAAUAUCUGAAGCUUUAAAAUUGGCCAGGAAAAUGAAACCUUUUCUCUUUAAGGAUAUAAAAGAUCUCGUGUUGCUUAUGGACUAAAUUAUUACACUUACCUCUGAAUUUCACCCACUCUGUCUGGUUGUAGAUAUUGACCAUAAUGUAGUUUUGCUUAAAUAUGUGGAAUUAGUGGAUUUUUGUCUAUACAUGACGUUACCGCUGGUAACGCAUGACAAGCACACAACAAUCCCCCCCGUCUUGAGAAAAAAAUAGUCCCUUUUGCUAGCUAAGUUCAUUGAACAUCAGAAGGACUUGCUGAGCCAAAGAGCGAGGGAGAAUGUGUCCGUCUAUCCUUUAUACUGUGAAGUUACAUGCAUAAAAAAGGUCAAACGUGUAGGUGCAAAAAGAAAUAAAGAAGGGGAAAAUAUAAAUACAGAUAUGUAUAAAUGUCUAUUAUUAUAAAAAUGACGAUACUGGUUUAAGCAAAUGCAUUCUAUCAUUAUUAUAAAUGUUAGUUCUAGCUCUAUCUAGUACUUACCUUAAAUCGGAAUAAAUUAAUAUUGUAAUGCUGCUGUGCGUGAAAAGACGAUGUUUAUGUUCUCAUAGAAGAAUAAAAGACGUGGAAUGAAUCCUUUUAA